AGUCAGACGUGUUGAGCGCAUUGCCAAUCCGGAAAAAUUCCAACACAGGUUUUCAUUAAUUGGUGCCAGUGUGCUCAAAAUAAUACAUAAAAAUAAAACAUAAUACAAAAUAAAUAAAGCAAAUUCAACUGAAAUUCACGUGCUCGCGAGUGUGUGUGUGACAAAAUGAACAACGAAUAACAACAACAAUAAUAAGAAAGCAUCAAAUAUAAACAAUAAUCAAGCUGCUCGUUAUAAACUAAAAUUAAAUUAUUGUAAAGCAAAUUGUGCAAUUGUGCCUUUAAGGGGUUAACAUCAAACGCGACAAAAAAAAAACAAGCAACAAACAACCUCUAAAUUAAAUACAAAAAUUAAAGACAAAACUCGUUCAUGUACUCGAAUUAGCGUUGUAGACAAAUUUAUUGCAUGCAAAGGCAUGCAUCGGACUGCUCAACUGCCCAACUGCUCAACUCGUUGCGACGUCCCAACUUGCCUGCCCCAGCAAGGAGACGGGGAACACCAACAACAACAACAUCAACAAGAACAGCUCCAACAACAACAACAUUUCUUACGCGGCGCCUUCGCUGAAUAAUUAAUGCAGUUUGCAUCUCGCAGUGAAAAGGACUGCAGUGGCAACAGGAACGUCAAACGGCAAAAAUCUAAUUUAUGGCAUUAAAAAUGCAUAUUUUCUAGCAGUGCGUCAACGCUUUUAUCAUUUGUUCACUGCCUCAGUGCGAAAGCAGCAGCAGCAGCAGCAGCUGAAUCAGAGGCUGUGGCAGCUGUGCAGCAGGCGCACCAAAGUGUGCUGCACUUGCUGUUAAAUUAUAUGCAACAGCCAACAGCAAAAUCGGCACAGAAAGCAGAAGGAGGAGGAGCGAGCGAGAGAGAAAAGAGUAAUUUAUGUGCUCGAGCAGCUAAAAGUGUAAAAGGCAGCUAAGGCGACCACCGCCACGUCCGAAUCGAAAUCUACGUUUGCAUUUCCAACCAACCAACCAACUGCAUGGCAGUUGCAUAAACUCGAAAAUUGGAUUUGAAGUUGAGAGGCACACAGAAGAGUGUGUGGGAGUGGGAUUGGGAAUUUAAAAGAGGCAAAAAAAUAAAAUAGAAAAACAGAAAAGAAAAGAAUAAGUUGCGCUCGACAUCAUCAACGCAUGAUAAUUCACUGCUGCUCGGCUGGUCUGGCAACGAAAUGGCUUUCCUAUGUGCACCGCUGGCCACAAUAAUGAAAUGGCGACUAUUGGUGAUAUAUCGAUGAUCUCACCGCCAACGUCUUCCAUUUCAAACGAACAAGAUCCGUUUGGACAGUUGCCACCUCUACCACCGCCAUUGCGUUCCACCCAAGUGCUUCAGCCAUUGAGCGUAUUUCCAGUGUCCAAUUUGAGCGAAGAUUCUUACGAUUAUGUUUUUGGUGGUCGACGUAAGACUCCGCCCACAACAACGUCUACACAACUCAAGCUGACCUCACCGCCCGUACGUUUGCGACCCGAAGACGCCUACAGUCGCGGUGGUAAUAUAAACAACGGCCGAUUUUAUCGUCAUUCCUUUAGUUAUGCACCAAAGCGUGAAAGACGCCACAACCCACAUGAUCGUGAUCGUGAGUCUAGAUUGAGAUGUCAUGGCGAAGAUGAAGCAACACUGCGCCAAUUGCUGCUCGAUUUGCAAAAGCAAGUUAGCGUGAUGAGCAUGAAUCUAUCAGCGAAACUCGAUGAGCUGCAGAGAGGCGAUCGACACCUGGAGACGACAGUGGCUUUGUGUGAGAUUCGCACACAGCUGCAGGAGCUGACCAAGUCCGUGGAGAGCUGCCAGAGCGAAGUCUCAGAGGUAAAACGCGACAUGGUUGCCAUCAAACACGAACUGGAUACCGUGCAGCAGGUGAAGGAGGAGAUCGAGGAGCUGCGCGAAUAUGUCGACAGACUGGAGGAGCACACACACAGAUGGAAGCUAAGACUUUUAGAACAAGUUUGUAGCUUAAAUUAUUUGCCAUGUUGUGGUCUCACCUUCUUUCUCACCUACUCGAUAUUCUCGGCGGUGCUGGGCAUGUUACAAUUCGGCUACAAUACCGGAGUCAUCAAUGCGCCCGAAAAGAAUAUCGAGAACUUUAUGAAAGACGUGUACAAAGAUCGCUAUGGCGAGGACAUUAGCGAGGAGUUCAUACAGCAGCUGUACUCGGUGGCAGUCUCAAUAUUUGCCAUUGGCGGCAUGCUCGGCGGUUUCAGUGGCGGCUGGAUGGCCAAUCGAUUUGGCAGAAAAGGCGGCCUAUUGUUGAACAAUGUGCUCGGCAUAUCGGGUGCUUGUUUGAUGGGUUUUACCAAAGUUAGUCAUUCCUAUGAAAUGUUAUUCCUUGGCCGAUUUAUAAUUGGUGUUAAUUGCGGUCUCAAUACAUCAUUGGUGCCAAUGUACAUCUCCGAAAUAGCGCCACUGAAUCUACGCGGUGGCUUAGGUACUGUUAAUCAAUUGGCUGUGACUGUAGGUUUACUAUUAUCCCAGGUGCUGGGCAUUGAACAAAUCUUAGGCACUAAUGAGGGCUGGCCGAUACUGCUAGGUCUGGCCAUAUGUCCGGCAAUAUUGCAAUUAAUAUUACUGCCCGUGUGUCCCGAAUCGCCCAGGUAUUUGCUCAUAACCAAACAAUGGGAGGAGGAGGCGCGCAAAGCACUGCGGCGCCUGCGCGCCUCCGGCUCUGUGGAGGAGGACAUCGAAGAGAUGCGCGCUGAAGAGCGUGCCCAGCAGGCUGAGAGCCAUAUAUCGACCAUGGAGCUCAUUUGCUCGCCAACACUGCGUCCGCCAUUGAUCAUUGGCAUUGUGAUGCAGCUGAGUCAGCAGUUUAGCGGCAUUAAUGCCGUCUUCUACUACUCAACGUCGCUCUUCAUGAGCUCCGGACUGACUGAGGAGAGCGCCAAGUUUGCCACGAUAGGCAUUGGCGCCAUUAUGGUUGCAAUGACUUUAGUCUCCAUUCCGCUGAUGGAUCGCACUGGCCGACGAACGCUGCAUUUGUACGGACUGGGCGGCAUGUUUAUAUUCUCCAUAUUCAUCACAAUUUCAUUUUUAAUUAAGGAAAUGAUCGACUGGAUGUCAUAUCUAUCGGUGGUGGCCACGCUCGGAUUCGUUGUAUUCUUCGCCGUUGGACCCGGCUCCAUACCCUGGAUGAUAACAGCGGAGCUAUUCUCACAGGGCCCCAGGCCCAGUGCCAUGGCGAUUGCGGUUCUGGUCAAUUGGAUGGCCAAUUUUGUGGUCGGCAUUGGUUUCCCAAGCAUGAAGACUGCCCUGGAGAACUACACCUUCUUGCCAUUUAGCGUAUUCUUAGCCAUAUUUUGGAUAUUCACGUAUAAGAAGGUUCCUGAGACCAAAAACAAAACGUUUGAAGAGAUCUUGGCCCUCUUCCGGCACAACAAUGGCAGGAGUAUGCUAAACUGCACAAAUAGCUUGGAGCCUCAAAGUAUGAAUUCUGGCAUCGAGCAUGCCGCAUUGAUGGUAUCUGAGGAGAAGACCCAACAUGACUCACCUGCAUCCGAGCGAUUUUUAGAAGGCGGCCGAAGUACACACCAGGGCCGGAACGCUGCCUCUGUGCCCCAUCACCUUCGUCAGCAAGCACCUGUCUGCCAGAACAGCGGGCCUUGACUGAGGAACAACACCAGCACCAGCGCCACACCUCCUGAAACUGCCAUCAGUGUACACUCAGCAGCAGCGUCAGCGGCCAACGCUGAUGCCGAGCAGCAGCAGCAGCAGCCUCAUCCGCAUCCGCAUCAGCCACACCAGUCUAGAUAUACACACGAAUAUGUACAUUAUAGCUAUGAAAAGGAUAUCGUAUGUGAACAAACUCCUCAGAAACAGCAGUCCCAACAGCCACAACAGCAGCCGGGAUCCUCCUCAGCUGCCAAUGCCAUGCACUGCCACACAAAUUCCGCCGCCUACAGUGAAGCCACUAUUCCACAUUGCCAUCAGCAAUCGCAGCCACUGCGCAAGCACAGUCACAGUCACAGCCACAGUCCGCAUCACAGUCGCCACACCUCACCGCACACGGCUGGUCAUCAACAUCAUCAUCAUUAUCGCCGUCGAAGGCGCCAGCACAGCGCUGGCGGCGGCAGCGGUAGCUUGCCAGGCGCCCACACGCAUCGCAGUCCACAUGAUCAACCACGUCAUGGUGCCGCCAGUGUCUGUGCCCGGCGCCAUCGUUCGGUCACAGACGUCUCCUGCUGCAAUUCGGUGCACGCCUGCCAGGAUCCCGCCUGUGCCGAUCGUGAGGUGCAGGAGAUUCUGGUGCGCAAGAAUUGCUGCAGUUCCUCCUCGCGCACUGAGCUCGCCCAAUACUUUGCCGAGGAUCUCUACGGCAGCUCGCGCAGACCCUCCUCCUGCUGCACUUCGUCGGACUACUGUUAUCAGACGGACUCGACCAGUCUAUAUGGCUCGCGCUCCUCCCUGAGUCGCAACAACUCCAUCAAGUCCGCCUCUGCUGCCAUCCGCAAACAGCAGCGGCUGCAGCAACGACAGCCCAGUUACACUUCCAUCUCGUUGCGAGCGUUGAAUGCCAGUCGCCCAAACAGCCAGCUGGGCUCGCUUACCUCCAUAUUUGAUCGGGCAAAGCAGAUUGCAGCGGAGGGCAAAGGCAUAGAAGAUGUGGUGACCCCCUCUCGAGGCUCCACUCUGGAGCGGCACAGCUCCAAGGGUGCGCUGAGUAAUGAGCUGCCCGAGUAUGCGUGCUCUCCCUCGCCCAUACGCUGGAGCUUUCUAGCCGAUGGUCGCUCGCCCACAGAGCUGGAGGCCACUGUGGGGGGCAGUCAAACAGCCAGUGUGGAGAAACUGGAUGCCUGGCAGCUGACAGAACCGGACAAAGACAGCGACAAGCAAAAGGAGAAAGAAAAUGAGAAGGAGAGGAAGUCCUGCCGUAAGCAGACUGCCGGGCAAUCGGACAACAAUUGGAAAUCAGUUUAUGAUGAGGGUCCGAGCACCUCGGCGGCAGCAGCCGCAGCGGCGGCGGCGCGUAAAAGACGCGGCAGCUCCUUUCAUUGCGAGUUCGAGGAGUCCACAACAGUGCUGUUCCAUCAAGAGGGUGAGGCAUACAACAAUUGUUGUAACAACUACAUUCAAUGCAACACGUACUUGGAUCAGGACCUGCAAAUAACUAGCGAGGACAUUCACCAAUAUCUGUCUAAAGGCAAUCAUGCCGAGGGCAAUAUACUCAACAAUUCCAAAAACUAUCCCUUCCAGCCCAGCAACGCUCUAGAGUUUCAAUACAAGAACAACUUUGUGGCCAACAACGGCAACACAAACACCACCAACACAGCCUCCAGCGAUGCUGGUGAAUGCUUCCAACGCUACGAGCUCAGCUGUCGGCGCAACUCCAGCAAGGAGACGAAUCUGAAUCAGAAUGCCAGCUUAACCAGUGAGGUUCCGCUGUCGCCAACCAACAUCAAUCUCUCGACGAGCACCAACAACAUCAACAUUGUGUUCAACAGCAGCCUGGAACGCAACGCCAAUGAGGUGAAGUUCAUUAAUAAUCGAGACUCCUCGGCUGGGACCGGCCUCGUCUCCUCGGAGGCGCAUCAUGCGGGCUACCUGCCCUACAGCUAUCCCAGCUACGACUACACAAAUAUGUCGGCCAACUCGCAAUUCGACAAGCCGCUAGGCAUAGAUGAGCUGCCCAAGGAGUUUGCUGGGGGCGGAGGAGGCGCUUCUACCACCAGCGAGCAUUCCUCCUCUCUACACUCGCCAGUGCAUGGUGGAGGAGUAACCGAUGUCGCUGUUGGCGUCUCCUUUGAGUCCUUCGAUGCUGCCUCGGAGCACAAUUUGUUGUCGCAGCGCAGCAGCUACCAAUACUCGCCGCCCACAACACACACACCCCUCUCACCAGCCUCUCCGGCCUCUCCAUCCGUCAAUCCAGCCGGCGAUGAUUACGUCCAUAUUCACCAUCAUUCCCACUACGAUUUUGAGCAGCCACCACACUCUCCUCACAGCCAGCAGAGUCAGCACUCGCAUUUUCACCGACACACUCACUCGCAUCCGCAUUCGCACACGCACAGCCACGCCCACUCGCACGGCUAUGAGUCGCACGCCCAUGCCCACACUCAUGGCCAUGGUCAUCCUCAUGGCCAGACCGAGGAGCAGUUCCGGCUGGGCAAUGCUUUGAAGAAGGUGCGCAAGCGUGCACGCAAAUACACAGAUUUUCUGCGCAAGAAAUAAACGCACUGCCACGCCCCCACCCAGAUUCGCCCACACGCCCAACCCCCCAGUCUGACUUAUGCAAGUACUCUCUUCCCCCUCUGGCCCGAUCUCUAGAUUCGCCGUAUUUUGGCCGCAAAUUCGUGGUCGUCUCGAAACCGAAGCCGCGACGAGCGCAAAGUCUGGACGAGGAUUAGCUUCCCGUCACCUCCAAAAGAUCAGAAGCAGGAGCGGGAACCAACACACACACUCACACACCAUCAGCUGACUUGUACGGUCAUUUAAAACGGAUUUUUCGACAUCGAAAAGCAAUCAAAAAAUACUAAAACACUUUCAUGCACACACCACACACUCACAUUUGUUUAAUUAUCUAAACUAGAAGCCAGGAUAAAAUAAUGAUGGAGAAGGUUAAAAUUAAAUUAAAUUUGUACACUGCCAAAAAACGAAAAGAAUAACCAUGUAAUUAACAUUAAUUUGUGGUUACAAUUUUUCAAGCGGAAAUGGAAUAUCUGAGCCAAACAAUUCAAGCUGCCGUUGUGCGCUAUUCACACACACACACACACACACAAUCACAUUUUUCAUACUCACACACACACACACUAACACUGUAUAAGAAACCAAGAAAAACAACAACACGUGGAAAUUCUUAGCUAGCUAUUAAUAGUACGAUGUGCGUGUAGCACAACAACAACAACAAGAAGAGCAGCAAAAGCAGCAGCAAAAAUAGCAUCAAGAAAUGAAGAAGAAAGAACAACAACAACAACAACGACUAUUUUAAAAAUAAUUAAGCUAGAAGACAACAGUGCGUAUACAUAAUAUGACAUUUGUAUAUUAAAUAUAGCGAUAAGUACAGGUUUUGAAUUGAAUAUUUAAAUUAAAACAAACAACCAAGCAAAUGAACAAAAUAAUAAUAAUAAUAAUACAAAUAAUAUAAAUAAUGCACAAUUACUCAGCAUGAAUAUAUAAGAAUUAUUAUGUAAGAGGAAGCAGCGCAACAAUAACAACAAAAUUAGAGUUUCAGCAACUGCAGUAAAUAUUAAUAAUAAUUAAAAUAAAAAGCGUAAAUUUUAAAUAAAAUUGCAGAACAAGAUAAGGAAGUACUGUAGUAGACGACUUAAAGGAGGAAGAUGCAACAUUAUGGGGCAUACACUUGCAAUAAGUUAAAUAUUAAAAUAAUAUUCAUAAUAUUAAUAAUUAAUGGGGAGUUUUUUAUUUAUUUAUUUGAUACGUACGUAUUUAUCGUUAA